AUGAUGGCCUAUGGUAGCGGUAAUAAGGCCGCGGAUCUCCUGCCGCUGGCAGCCCAUGAUGACAUGAGCCAAGGCUUCAUUAACCUGGAAAAGUGGAAUAACGGGACCUUCUUCACUACGACUGCACCUUCCACAACUACGACUGUGGCGAUGAGCACGAGCAAGGCUCCCACAACGAAGGCACCAACAACUAAGGCUUCUUCCGCGCCCCCAUCGCCUACCAAAGCUCCAUCUCCGACAGUAGCAACAGCUCAGCCAGCCCCUGGGGACGAAAUGUUAGCAGUCAACACUCCGAUCACAUCAGACGACAUCGACAGCUUAUUCUCUCUGAUUGCAACUCAAUUCGGGUGUGGAAGUUAUUCCGAUGACGCCGACCGUCCCAUGGUCCCGAAUGUCGUAUUCAUCGUUUCGGACAACCUAGCGUCAUAUACGAACGUCUGGAAAGAGUUCCAAACAGAUGGGAAGAUGGGCUGGGAUUGCAGUGACUGUCCAGCUAAUCCGUCCUAUGUAUUCCUUAGCGCCACAGCUGACGUUGCGCCUAAAGAAAUUGGGGUUACCUACACGCUAACAGAUUCUGAUUUCGGUUUGGACUCAUCGAUGAAAGCUAUGAAUCUCUUCAACUCGAUCGUCAAUGGCUUAUGUAAUACACAGUUGAGAGGUGUUCCUUUCCCUGGAAGAAUGCGACUUCAAGUCCAAAUUGGAAUCGAAUGUAUAGUGAUUCCAUGCCAGGAGGAUGAAUCCGUACAUACCGUUGCUCUCCGCACGGUUGCCAAGAUGCGAAGACUACGUCCGUCGAUGGUGAAACCACCAGGAGGGAAGGAAUACGAGGAAAUACGUCGAACCGUAGGUAACUCUCUUAUUGACCCGGAAGACCGAGUUGGAGAUGUGCUCAAGGACGGUGACUUCGUCAUACUCGUGAUUCAUCGAGACGAAACUGAGGAGGAGAAGGAGAGACGACGACAAGUGGAGCUCGAAGGGACUCGUGUAGCAUUGGAAAAAUUGGACAAACCGAGAAAAAUUAAAUUCGACUUCGAUUUAUCGCCAGGAGUAGCUUUCGUGGACAAGCCGACAAAGCUAUUAGUCCUUGACGGAGCCAGUCUUACUCCAGCAGAUCUUGUUCUUUGUGAGAAAGGAGAAUGUGUUAUACAGGUACGAGACAUACUUCAGCUAAAUUAA